ACUUGGCCUGUCACUCUGACGUUUUCAAUUAUUAGGUUAUUGUGGUAAAUUUUUAGAAAUUAAGUAAAAUGUGGGCAGACACUUUGCUUAUUGUAUUUAUUUCCAUUUGCACAGCCCUUUUGGGUGAGGGUUUGACAUGGCUGAUGGUGUAUCGCACAGAGAAAUAUCAAAAGUUAAAGACUGAAGUAGAAAAGCAGAGCAAGAAAUUGGAAAGGCGUAAGGAAGCACACGGAGAUUCGCUAGAUAAGCAACACAAAAAGAAAAUAGAAAGGGAAGAGGAAAGGUUAAAGAACAAUAACAGAGACUUGUCCCUAGUCAAAAUGAAAUCAAUGUUUGCUAUUGGUUUUGCCUUUACAGCUUUGCUGAGCAUGUUUAACAGCAUAUUCGAUGGCAGAGUUGUUGCAAGGCUUCCAUUCUUGCCCUUAACUUGGAUCCAAGGUUUGAGCCACAGAAAUCUUCCAGGAAACGAUUAUUAUGAUUGUUCUUUCAUUUUCUUGUAUAUUCUGUGCACCAUGUCAAUUAGGCAAAAUAUUCAAAAGCUUUUGGGUUUUGCUCCAUCAAGAGCAGCUUCAAAACAAGGCAACAACUUGUUUGGUCCAACUCCUCAAUUCAAAUAAUCAAUUUGGAGAUUGAUUUAAAAUUAUUUAUUGCUUGAAUAUCAUGUUGAAUGUAUAAAAUUUGAUGAACAAACAGUACUGUAAUAUUUUGUUGAUUUAAUUUUUAAAUUAUAUAUUAUUUAAUGAGGAGAUUGUUUAACAUUUUACCUCAAAGAAUGAGUGUAUUUAAUACAAAUUUUAUACUGUG